AAUGGAAAAACUUGACAGCUAAAGAAACAAUUUACCAUGUCAAAUAUCCAAGCAGACGUCUCACCUGGAGACGAUUUUCCCCUCCAUCACGCAGUUUUCAGUGGCGACACAAAACUUGUAUCUCAGCUAAUCAGGGUUCAUGAUCUUGCUCAAAAGGAUGUUCAUGGUAAUACACCACUGCAUUUGGCAGUGAUGCUUGGCCAUAAAGAAUGUAUAAUGUUGCUGCUCUCCCGAGGAGCACCGGUGAAGGUGAAGAACAACACAGGCUGGACACCGCUUGCAGAAGCUCUCAGCUAUGGAGACAGAAAAAUAAUUGGCAUGUUACUGCGGAAGUUAAAGCAGCAGUCCCGUGAGCUGCUGGACCAGAGAAGACCAGCGCUUAUACAGGCCUUAGAAGAUAUAGGAGACUUCUAUCUAGAGCUCAAGUGGGACUUCCACAGCUGGGUGCCUUUAGUUUCCAGAAUUCUGCCAUCAGACUUAUGCAAAAUACACAAAAAAGGAUCAUGUAUAAGACUAGACACAACAUUGGUGGACUUUAACGACAUGCGCUGGGAGAGAGGGGACAUUACUUUUGUUUUUAACGGAAAGGCGAGUCCUCAUAAUGCCCUCACCGUCAUGGACAACAAGCUUAAGGUCUACCAGAGAAUUCGAUAUGAGGAGACGGACCAGGAGGUCGAGGAGGAGAUAGACAUUCUGAUGCGCAGUGACAUCAUGGCCGCCCAGAUGUCCACGAAGAACAUCACCUUCUCCCGCACACAGAGUGGAUGGCUCUUUAGGGAAGAUAAAACCGAGAAUAUAGGCGAGUAUGCAGCUGAGUUCUUCAACAUCAAUGGUUUAGUAUUGGAGUCCAAGAAAAGACGAGAGCACCUGUCUCAAGAGGAUAUACAGAAGAACAAGGCAAUGGUGGAGAACCUUACCAAGGGAUCCUGGGAUAACAAAGAGUUUAGUCGUCGAUCAUCACUGCCACCCCCAGAGUCACCAACUGUCUUGUGGGAAGAGUACAUAUCAGCUCCCAUAGGUAACGUUCCAUGCAUUGGCAGGCCACACUUGUCCAAGGAGAGCCAGAAAAACUUCAAAGCUACAAUAGCCAUGAGCAAAGACUUUCCAAUGACAGUGGAUGUGUUGCUAGAUGUACUGGAGGUGAUAGCACCCUUUAAACAGUUCCAGAAACUCAGAGACUUCAUGGAGAAUAAACUUCCCCCUGGUUUCCCUGUUAAACUGGAGUUGCCAGUCUUCCCCACAGUAACUGCCAAAGUGACAUUCUGUUUCUUUGAAUGGCGGGAUGACCUUUCAGACGAGCUUUUCUCUAUUCCGUCCACGUAUCUCGAGGACCCAACCCGAUUUCCCGAUUUAUGACUCCUGCAAGACAUCUCCCUGGUGGAGAUUAUAUGUACAUUCCGAGAAAUCGAUAACUAUCAGCCUAGGGAAAAGGAUACUGAUAACAGUUUGAAAACAGAUGGUUGGUUCAGAAAAAAGGAUAUUCAUAUGCCAUGGAAAUUUGAUUUUUGUAGUGCACAGAAAAUGAAUAUUCAUGGAAUAGUGGACCAUGACCGGGCGAUCAGUCAAAAAGUUAAUAUUUGUCGGCCAGUUGACCAAGAAAUUAGUAUUCAUUGGCCAGUUUCAGACCAGAAUUUAUGUAUAAAUGAAACAAAAGGGGCCAAAGGUGUGUUGUGGGAUGAGAUGUGUGGAUUGUGUGGGGCCCUGGUUGGUGAUAGUUCACUCUCUCAGGACUACAGGGAAAAACAUGACAGUGAUAUUUACUCAUUUAGUGCCCUAUAUCAAUGUGAUGAAUCAUUGCCUGCUAAACAACGUGAAGUCGAUGGUGAUCAUAAAACUGGUCCGAGCGGAACAAGAUGUAUUGAAAAUGAACAAAUAUCUUCUGUGGAUCCUGAACAUGGCACAUACACACGCAGCUCUGCUUCUAAAAAUGACAAUCAAGACAUUUUAGGACAUGAGGAAGAUGCUGAUUUAUUGAAACUAAAACAUAAGAGUAUAUAUAGUAAACCUGAUUCACACGAUUGCCUUAGGUUAUCGGAAUACUUCAGUGAAUGCCAAUCUGAAAGCAAGAGUAAAGCAAUGGGGUAUUCUGAAGUCUGUAAGGCUGGUACAAUUCAAGAAAGGCUUUCCAGUCUUUAUAAUUAUGGGAGUGGAGAAGAAAAUGAGAAGGAGUUGUUAGUAGACGAGCAACAGAGGGAACGUUAUCGUAGCAGAGUGUGUAUGUCAAGUGAUUUAAACAGCCUUCUGCUUAAUGUUGGCAGCUUUUGUGAGGCUUGUAAGACCUAUGUAAGUUGUUCGUUGCCUAGGCCAGAAAUUAAAUCUAUGGAUGAUACUUCAAGGAGUAAAACCGAUAAUAAAGGGCUUGGGGCAAUCAUCGACUCUCACAUGGAACAAAAUAUUGGGAAAGAACAUAUGAACUUUGUGGACAGAAAACGAGGAUUACAAAAAAAGACGAUCCUUGCGGUAGAUAUUCCUCUGACAAACUUUGGAAGCGCCAGUACUGAGAUGGUUAUGCUCUUUCAUUGAAGAUAUACAUGAAUUUUCAGUAGAAUAUUCUCAAGAUCAGACUAUUUAUUGGCAAAUUUGAAGUUAUUUUUAGAAUUUUUUGGCCAAUUUGAGGUAUAUUUCAGAAAUUUUGACAAGUUUUGAAGUAAUUUCUCAAAUAUUUGAUAUGCCACAGUAUUCCACAUCUACAAGCCAAUAUUUAGAAACUGUAUAUGCAAGUUAGUAUGUAACUCCAAGAAUGCAUGUAUUUGUGGUAUGCUUAUUUAUGUUUGAAACAAAUUUUAAGCUCUGUCGUUUUUUCUCAAGUUUUCGUGAAAAUUCUGAUUUAAAUAGUUCUUGACUUGUAAUGAAUAUUACUUAAAAGGAUCUAAGUAUAAUUAAGAUGUAAAAUCAUAAUUUGUAACAUACAUUGUGGAAUGAACAAGAAAUAAUAAAAUGGCAAUUCCAAACACUCGUACAGAACCUCCGUAAUAAUAAUAUCUGUCAUGUGUUCCCGUUCCGGAUAGAAAAAUCUGACCCGAGGGCACCUGCAUUGCCAGGUAACGAGGCUUGCCGAGUUACCGGCUACGCAGCGUGCCCGAGGGUCGGAUUUUUCUACAUGACAGAUAUUAUUAUUACACAUGAUAGAUUUUUUUUCUAGCAUACCUUAAAUAACAUUUUUUGUGAAGAAAAAACAUAAGAAAGCGCGUUUUUGUACAUUUCACCAAAAAGCGCGUGCGAUGAUGUUUACUGACGUCAUGACGCGCAGUAAUUUGUAUUCACUGCAUACUUCAAUAAGUUCCUUCCCUAUCACGUCUUUUAAGGGUUAUUUUGUUUUGUUUUUAAGGAAUAUUUUUGUAAAGUUAAUGUUAAUGGGACUCAUCUAUUGAAAUCGCACAACUACGGUUACAUUUAGUUUUUAAUAAUAGAAAUUGAAGGUAUUACGUCACAGUGCGUGACUCAUCUGGCAUGGGGGGAUGCCAGAUGGAGUUUUCCAGCACGGCUGAAAUCACUGGAAAUGCCUAUCCGGUGUGCUAGAAAGUGUUGUAUGGGUUUCUAUUGAUAAAAAAAAACAACUUAAGUUUAUGGAAGAAUGACAAAAGGUUCUUUAAUGCAUCUCUUUCAUGAUUUAAAGGGACUAAACGCCAUAUGAUACAAUUGCAAGAAAAAAAAAAUAUUCAAAAAUUUACAUAAAACUGCCAUUGUUGUGUAAACGCAUUGAAUCUUACUUAUGUAUCACAAUGCUUACGACACUUGCGUCUUUUGCAGUUUUUGCGCAUUUUUCAAAUGCCAAAUUAACUGGGUUUGCCUACCACGUAAAUUCCAGUAAGUUAUAUCUUUGAUAUAUUUAUCUGUACUCAUAAACAGAUAUGAUUUAAACUGGGAAACCAUUACGCGCUAUUUUGAAACAGGUAAACUCAGAUGAGACAGAAACAUGAUUGUUUCGUUUAUUCUUUUUAUCAUGUAAAAUUGAGUAUCAUCAGCGUUCUACUAGCUUGCAUUGACAAUUCUAGGCUUGUUUUGAGGAAAAAAAUGUAUUUUCCGACUUUUGUACAAUCUGGUGUCUAGUCCCUUUAAUGUCUCUUGGGACCCAUACAUUUUCAUUUUUCAUGCUAUAUUGGGCCAUGUGUUCGAACAAUUUUUCAUUUUCACUCUCAUUUUGCACUCAUUAUGUGUUGAUGAGAUCUGACAUUAGAAUGGUCAUUAUUCUUGAUCACAAACACUUAUGCUUACAUGUUGGUGUAUUUAAACAUGUAGUUAACCUGUAAUUUGUCUUUCAUUUAUGAUUGCAAUGUUAGCGUGGUUUGUUUUGAAAAGUCUCACUCUUGCAUUAUUCCAAUUGGAAACUUAUUUUACAUGUUAUUUAAAGAUGCACUCUUACUCCCAAAUAAGAUUUACCACAAUUAAUAAUAUGUUUUUAAAAUUCCAAAAAGAAUGAAUGUGUUGAAAACAAUGGUUCUUGAAGGAUACGGAGUUUAAAUUGAAAGAAAUGAGCAUUAAACAUGGUAUUUCUACCUCAUAAGACUAUAGUAGACCACAGUCAGUCUUAUAGCAUUCACCAAUCAUUUAAUAUUUUUGCACUUUCUGCUAUUAAAUACACAGUUACAAUCGUGUUAUCAGUAAUUGAUAUUUUCCAUAAAUGCAUUAUUUAGUAAGUAGUUAAAGGUUUAUCAGUCAAAAAUGAUGUUUGUUAUACAUGUGUAUGUAAUGGUACCUGGUAUAAUAUACAUGUUAUUGUAUUGAUUUUGAAUAAGCUUGUCACUUUAGUAACAUUUCCAUGUCAUUUUCAGCCAUAUAUUUAUAGAUCAUGUAUAAAUAGAUAAAUCCAUGUAAAGAGCUAGCAUAAACAAUUUCUUUGAAAUUACAAAAAUUAAACACUGAAAUUAAUUUUUUGUACAAAUCAAUUUCUGACAACAGCCCUAUCAUUUAAGGGACAUAUUCCUAUAUUUUAGGGAUGCAUUUUUGUGUGCUUAUUAUUUUUUGUUAACAUGAUUUCCUAUAGUGGUGCUUUUAUGUUUGCUGUUUGACUGUACAAUGCAAUUUUUAGAAUUGUUAUUUGUUUGCCUAAUUCAUAUGUUUCUUGUUUUCGUUGUAAUGCUAUUUCUUUUUUAGUAUAUGUUAUUUAUAUUAAUGUAGUGCUGUUGCUUUAUGCUACCCAAAAUUACGUUGCUUUUAUUGACCAUUAAAAUUGGAAAAAAAACCUUAAAGCUGCACUCUCACAGAUUGAACGUGACAACUUUUUUAUUUUUUGACUUGGAACGAAACAAUUUUUGCGAAAUCCAUGGAAACCAGUUUUAUAAGACUGCUGACAAAAAAAUUAGAUCGCAGAUUUUUAUAUUUAAGUUAAAAAAUUGAUGUUUUAUGCAUUUUUCUUAAACCGUUAGUAACGGUUUAAGCCAUAAAACAUUAAUUUUGGAAAGGAAAUAUGAAAAUCUGCGAUCUGAUUUUUUUGUCAGCAAUCUUAUUUAAUUGGUUUGCAGAUAUUUACACAAAAAUUUGCUCGUUCCAAGACAAAAAAUAAAAAAGUUGUAAAAAUGGUAAAUUUGUGAGAGUGCAGCUUUAAUGCCAGUUUUGAUAUAGGCUGCAUUUUCUAGUGUUAGACUGUUUUUCUACUGUAGGAAAACUACUUAUUUUGCUAGUCUUUGUUUAAAACAUUGUUUUUGGAUAAAGUUGACAGCAUUCCUAGAAAUGAUUUGCAUAAUUACGGUAUAUAUUAUUGAUUUCAUAUGAAAUUUUCUGUCUGUUUGUAGUAUAUUAGUGUUACAUGAAUGCAUAAAACAAAAUGUGAUAUUUGGCAAUUGCAGAUUAUUGUAUUAAACUUGUUGAUAU